UAAAUACAAGGCAAAAAAUAAGGUUUGAUUAGUUCUCUACUUGUUGAACAACCAACUGUCUCUUACAAAAUUAUGAACAUGUUUUGCUAAUUUCUCCUAAUCUUUCUGUCUGUCUUAGUUGAUGCUCCAGGGAUCUGACACACUGAAACUGUUUGAUGACCCCACAGACAGUGCAUCCACAGAUAUAGAAAAGUGGAUACACAUGGCAGAGGAUGAAAGACUGCUACUGAAUCUGAAUGCAUUCUUGGAUUUGGAGAGAAAACUAGAGAGAAUGGUGGAACAGCAUUCAAACAGGACAUACUCAACAGAAGAUGGAUUGUUUGGGGGUCUCCAAGAUGUGCUUGCUCAGGUGGCAGCACUGAAAGGACAGAUGGCACAAAUUGGGGUAUUUAUGGGGUUAAGUAUUGACACAACACCAAACACAGAAGAUGUAAAAUCAAAAGGGGAUGAGUUUGAUGAGAAGGUUGAGGGAUACCGGGUGCUGAAGGAGCUGUCCUUUUGGAUAAUUAGGAGUGUGCGAGACAUGAGGAAGUUAUUAGGGUACAAUGGUGUUGAAACGGAGAACUUUUCAAAUCAUGAAAUUUAAUGUAAACAUAUUUUAGAGCAUGUUCUAAAAAUUUAGUAACUUUUUUUCUGUUAUAUAUAAAUAUUUUGGCUAAAAUGUUCUUAAAAAUUAAAGAAAGUUUAGUGAGAUGAUGUAGAGGGUUAGAUUAUUAUGUUAUUUACUGCAUUCCUUAUUUCAUUCAUUAGAGUGGACAAGGUUUAAAUAAAUUAUAUAAUAGUAGUUAUUUUGGAAGAC